AUGGCUCAUUUAGACAAGAAAGUAGAGUUUGCUGAACAAGAAAAUAUUGAAGACUGUAAAGCAUUCAGAACUGGAUCUAUGGGUGAUAAAGAACAACGUAUGAGUCGAUUUAGACGUCUAACUUCUGGAAGCCUUCGUCAUAAACGUCAAGCUGGUCACAUGACAACAACGAAAACAGAUUUAAUCGACCCUACACAUUGUAUAGAUCCAUUGCAUACAUUUUUCAACUCUGAUACAGAAGUCAGUGAUUCAGGAGUACCACGAAUAAACAACACUGCCUACAUGAAUAAUGGACGCCGGCCUAAAAGAUACAGACGAUCAUGUCGUUCUGCAUAUGAAACACCCAAUUAUUCAACUGCUUUGGGACCAUUAAGAGAAAAACACAAGCUUACACCAUUAGAACGUAUAUUCCUGGAAGCUGCAGAACGAGGUGAUAAGUCAACUUUAGUCAGAUGUUUAUCAUUUUCAAACGGCGUAAAUGUUAAUUGUGUAAAUAUUUUGGGUCGUACAGCAAUUCAAAUUGCUGUAGAUAACGAAAAUAUUGAAUUAGUUGAACUUUUACUCGAACAGCCUGGUAUAGAAAUUGGUGAUGCAAUAUUAUAUGCAAUUCAAGAGGGUGUAUAUAGGAUAGUGGAGAUGCUCAUUGAUCAUCCAUCCAUCACGAAGGAGAUGUUAGGUACAUCAUGGACAACACAGUGUAUCGGUAUCGGUAAACGUGAAGAGGAAAGCCAUGAUUUUUCCACGGACAUUUCACCAGUUAUGUUAGCUGCCAUCUGUAAUCAGUUCGAAAUCUUACAGUUGUUGAUUAAUCGAGGUGCAAGAAUUGAAGAACCUCACAAAUCAUCAUGUUCCUGUGAACACUGUCAUCGUUUGCUUUCAGAUGAUCCAUUGAAACAUACACUCCAACGGAUAAACACAUACAGAGCUCUUGCUAGUCCAGCAUGGAUGUCACUUACAUCUCCAGAUCCCAUUUUAACUGCUUUUGAAUUAUCAUCCGAGUUACUUCAUUUAGCAUCACGUGAAAACGAAUUCAAAGAAAUUUUCCUUUCACUAUGUGAACAAUGCAGAAAGUAUGCUUGCGAUUUGCUGGAUUUAUGUCGUGGAACUGGUGAAGUUGUCGCUGUACUCAGUAAAGGUACCGAUAGUGAUGAAAGCUGUAGUGAUGUAAGCGGCGAUGAAUCCGAUGAUACACAAGGAGCAUCUAGUGUGCCUAACAUAUCACUACCUAUCAACCACAUUUCCAUAAACUGUCACUCGUCCAGCUGUCCACAUCAGCAAGGAAGUCAUGAUAAUGGUGAUGCAUCGAACUGUAGCCAGUGUGAAAAUAAUAAUCAAAAUUAUGCGGCUAAUGAAAAUGAUUGGCGCGAGUUACUGGAUCGAUCGAACUUUUCUAGAAGACGACAUCAUAGACGUUUCACAGCAUGGAAUCACUCCAGUUACUCAUGUGCAAAAUUUAACCAGGCUUUAAGUUUAGAAAGUCAACAUAGUAUAAACGAGGAUUUCGUUGGCACAGACAACCUACAUCCUUCUACUAGCAAGACUGAAUAUUUGAAUUAUACAGACAAAUCAAUAAAUGACGGUGAACAGUUAAAAAUCGCAGUUAGUCAUACUGCUUCGUAUUCAACAGCUAAAUUUCCCUCUUGUAUAGCGAAAGAAAAACGCAAUUUUCAAGAUUUUACCAGUGAUAAUAAUGAUUGUAAUAAUAUUGGUGAAACAGAUGAUAAAAGUAAAGCCGUUACUAAGGAGACAAUUUUGAAUGAAGGUCUACCAUCAACAACGAAUACAUCAGAAGGCUGCUCGUCUAUAUUUUUUGAACGUAAAAGAAAUAGUUUUGACUGGGAAUCUGCAACAAGUGGUUUUAACCAACGAGUUCAGCUUAAUACAGGAAUAGACACUACUCAUUGUAAGCAUGGAUUAUACAAAAGGAAUAGUUUUAGUAAUCCAAAUAAUAUAAUAUGCUGCUGUUUUCCUCAUUAUCGAUGCUGUAAGUGUUCAAAAUCACAGACAAAAAAGGAUCUAAGCCUAAAUCGUCACAGUGAAAAGAAACACCUUAAAUCUGAAACCAGUGAAAUAGAAUCAUUUGGUGUAAAGAAGCACAGGAAAUUUUAUUCUUUCAAAUUAGAUCGCCUGAAACUGGCAAUUAAGCAUGAACAAAAAAAAUUUGUUGCUCAUCCACAUUGUCAACAUCUCUUAACCACCCUAUGGUAUGACCAGUUACCCGGUUGGCGUAAACGUCAUCCAUUCACAAAGCUAUUUUUAUGCUUUUGUUUCAUCAUUGCACUGCCAAUAUUAGCUCCAACGUAUUUAAUUCAUCCACAUGGAUGUAUUGGCCAAUUAAUGAGAAGUCCAUUGAUCAAAUUCAUUAAUCAUAGUGCAUCAUUUGCCAUUUUUAUAUUUCUCCUUUUGAUUGCAUCAACUGAUACUCUAACACAAACAGAUUUACAAAUUCGCAGCCAAAUACGUGGACCAGAUCCGAAUGUCAUUGAAAUGUUGAUAUUAUGGUGGGUCAUAGGAUUUGUGUGGAGUGAAAUGAAACAAAUUUGGGAAGAAGGUCUUAAAGCCUAUGUUCGUCAGUGGUGGAACUGGUUGGAUUUUCUAAUGCUUGGACUUUAUUUAACAACAGUUGCACUUCGCGUGGUAGCAGUACUUUUACGUAAAACUAAUCACUAUGGUACGGAAUCGUUACCACGUAAUCAGUGGCCAACAACUGAUCCAACUUUACUUAGUGAAGCCUUAUUUUCUAUUGCGCAUAUAUUUAGUUUUGCAAGAAUUAUAUUUCUAUUUCAGAUCAAUGAACACCUUGGACCAUUACAAAUUUCUCUUGGAAACAUGUUAAUCGAUAUAACAAAAUUCAUUUUCAUAUUUUUACUGGUGAUUUCAUCGUUUGCAUGUGGACUUCAUCAGCUGUAUUACUAUUACCUUUCACCAGGUGAAGACAAUAGACCACGUGCAUUUAGUUCGCUUGUCAGUUCAUAUCGAACAUUAUUCUGGCAUUUAUUUGGAAGUAGUCAGGCGGGUAACUUUGAAGUGACUUUUGUGAAUAAAACAAGCGGUGAACGUGAACGAAUGGAGUCAGCUAGAAAUACAAUGGUUGUAGGAGAGAUUCUCUUGCUUAUCUAUCACGCUAUGGCUAUUAUCGUUUUGGUCAAUAUGUUAAUUGCCAUGAUGUCCAACUCAUUUCAGACUAUACAGAACCAUGCAGACACUGAAUGGAAAUUUGCAAGAAGUAAACUAUGGGUUGGUUAUUUUGAUGAAGGGUCAACACUACCUCCACCGUUAAACACAAUUGUCAGUCCUAAAUCAAUUAUCAGGUGCUUAUAUGGAGUAUACCAUUUGUUUGUUCUUCUUAUACGAACAUGCUUAAAUUGUAAACAAACAACAAACGCUAGUACUAAACACAAACAGAAUAAAGAGGUCCGACAACAGACAAAGCCAAGCUGUGUGGACAGUCAGUUUAGUCACAAGUCGAAUCAGCUAGAUUGGGAUAUUGAAAUACAAGAAACAAAUGCCGAGGAAAGUAUCCCAAAUGCAAAUAUGGUCAACAAGCAGAAACAGACAGUUAUGCGCCGACUUGUACGAAGAUAUAUACAUCAAUCAAAGAAAACAAUGCGACAGGAUGGUGUGAAUGAAGAUGACCUGCUAGAAAUAAAACAGGAUAUAUCCAGUUUAAGAUUCGAACUGCGUGAAGAUCGGAAACGUGAAAUUGUACGUGCUGUAUGCCAGUUAGAAAGUUUAAAACAGGAACUUGUUGAUGAAUUGAGUAGACAGAACUCAAUAUUACAAAAUGCUGUUCUUCCCAAUUCACCAUGUACAACGUCUUAUCACGAUGAAGAUAAAAUGGAUAAUUGUCAAAAACUUUUAAAAUUAGAAUCAUCAACGCCAUUACUAGUCAACAGUCAAACACUAGAAACCUGUCACCAAACAAAUAUGCAUAAUAGUACUACGAAUAUUGCUACUGAUCGUCAGUUAACCUCAUGUAAUUCUAUGAUGAAUGAAAAUAGAAAAAAUAUUCAUUGA